AUGCGGGUUGUUAUUGCACCCUCCCUGAUGGCCUUUGCUGCCACUGCUGCAGGCCUGCUUGUUACCUCACCGGCCAAGGGUGACAAGGUCGAUGUGUCAGAGCCUGUGACAAUCAAAUGGCAGGCCGUUAACACCGAUCCAUCUUCGUUCUCCAUUUACUUGGUGAACCAAAACGUGUACCCAAACACGCAGGAGCUUAUUGCCGCGAAUGUCGACUCAGAUAAGGGCUCGUAUAAAAUGAAGGCCAUGGAGAACAUCGACAAGGGCGGCGGAUAUCAGAUCAACUUCGUCUCUGACAGCGACAGUGGCAUUCUGGCACAAUCGCAGCAAUUCAAGGUGACGGAGCCCCAGGCUUCUAUGUCUGUCGAUGCAUUCCACUUCUGCUUCAGCGUCCUCGACCAGUGCUAUGAGCUCGAGUUCCUUGGCUUCCAUUACUCCACCCACUUCUACUCCUACCCCUUCAACAUCUUCUUCUAUGACGGCGUCUUCUUCAAGUGCGUCUCCCUCUUCCCUAUCUUCUUCCUUGAUGACUUCUUCUAUCAUGUCAUCAUCUACACUUUCUUCCAGUCUAUCUACUUCUUCUCCGUCCAGCUCUUCAUAUAUGACCACUCACACGUCCUCAGCCCACACCCCUACUACUUUGUCGACCACUUCUCAUACCACUCAUACCCAUUUUUCCUCUUUUCUUUCUUCCUCUUCUACUGCACACACCACCACUACUCAUUCCUCUCGCACCCACACUUCCAAAACCCGCACUGGCUCCACUACUCCUGGUGA